CUUCAACUGUCUUCAUAUUUGAUCAAGGGAAUGCCACUGGAAUGUCUAUCAACAUAACGAUGUUUGUAAUUACCAGCCUUUUUCUGCUUGUAAUCCUGAAGGACUGCUCAGGCCAUAAAAUCGAAGGAUGCAGUCCUCAAUCGCCUAUGGGAAUGAAUGCAACUACAAACACUUUUAAAUGUGUAGACAUUCCGCCUGGUCAUCGUGUGUUAUGGUAUGUCAGAAAAAAGUAUCCUAAUGAUGAACACAUUGUAAUAGUCGCCAAAGUUGCGGAGUGUACUAUGGAACGUAAGGGCUGCAAGAAAUACCUGAACAAUGUCAAAGCUUUCAAAAAAACCGCGACCUCCAGCGUGGCGAAAAUCUUCUCACAAGAUAUGUCUGCCUUCUUGAGCAUCGGGUGUAUGGUUUUCACAGAGCGUUCACUGAUGAUGGACUACGCCUGUGACUUAAUAUCAAAUGUUCAAUCCUUCACCUGCAGUUUAACUCAGGAACCAGACCAUUCCAUGUCAGCAGUCUGCACUAUUUUAAAGAUUUACAUACUAAGCCGAGACUACAAAUGCAAAUUUAUUCUGACAUUGCAGGAUGGGACAGUACAGACGAUCACGGACACGUCUUUCAUGAGGACGGAACAGACGGAGGGGCCCGCCACGGGCACGUGCUAUGGCCAUAACUUGCCUCGUAAAGAGCACAUUAAACAAGUGGAAGGAAUUUUUCUCCCUGACGACCUACACGCCAUCGCUAAUUUCCAAGACUAAUGAUGAACAAACCUUUCAAAUACCAUUGUAAAAAUGUCAAACUGGUUUAAGUAGUAGUAUACUGUAAUGACAACAAAAAUGUAACAACAUUGGAAGUUUCUGAAGUGUAGGUAGUCUAAGAAACGAGUCUUCUUAUAGAUGUAGAAAAUACUGGUCAGAAAUUCUUAAAAUAUAGUCACUAACUAAACCGAUUAAAAUCACUCGCCAGUAUAUAUAGAUAUAUUUGUAUUUAAAAUAAAGUCGUACACACACCAUCAUUCCACACUGAGUGGUAUACUGAUUAUACUUACAGGACACAACUAAGAACAUAUAGUAAGAACAUAUAGGAUGAAAAUGAACAAGAAUAUGAGACGAUGUUAUUGUGUAUUGAUACUGAAUGUUUUAUUAUUGCUUUUCUGACUUAAGUAGUUUGUAUCUCUAAAAUAUUUAUAAUUUUGUAUUAUCUGUUUCACACCAUUGAUUUUAUUCUUUUAUUGUUUAUAUUUAAUGUGAGAAGCUUUUUCAGCUCGGGUGCACUUACUCUUGU